AUGGCCGGGAAUUGCUCGUGGGAGAUCCAUGCCCAGAACAAGAAUAAGGUGUGCUCAGGGGUAAGCGAAUCCCCAGAACUCUAUGGUCGCGGCUUCUUGACGAUGGACCAGAUUGAUCCUCUCCCACCACCUGCUAUCAUGAGUUACAUUUUUCUGCUCAUCUGCCUGUGUGGCCUGGUGGGGAAUGGAGUCGUCCUCUGGUUUUUCAGCUUCUCCAUUAAGAGGAACCCCUUCUCCAUUUACUUCCUGCACUUGGCCGUGGCCGACAUUGGCUACCUUUUCUGCAAGGCGGUGCUCUCCGUCCUGCAGGCUGGUGCCUUUCCAGGCUCCUUUCCCACCUACGUCCACUUCGUGUCGAGGAUCCUAAGCCUGGCGGCCUUCCUCACCAGCGUGAGCCUCCUGCCGGCUGUGAGCGUAGAGCGUUGCCUCUCUGUCCUCUUCCCCACCUGGUACUGCUACCGGCGACCCAAGCACACAUCCGCCCUGGUGUGUGCCCUGCUCUGGGCUCUGGCCUUCCUGCUCACUACGGUCCACACCUACUUCUGUGUCUACGUCGCCCCCCAGCCCUCCUGGGGAGACUGCACCCGCAUGGACAUCACCCUGGGCAUUCUGCUCUUCUUCAUCCUGGCGCCCUUGAUGGUCCUGGCUUGCCUGGUCUUCGUGGUGAAGGUGGAGUGCAGGGCGCCGCGCCGCCAUCAGUCCUCCAAGCUCAACAACGUCAUCCUGUCCAUCGUGUCCGUUUUCCUCGUCUCUUCCAUCUACCUGAGCAUCGACUGGUUCUUCUUUUGGAUCUUCCAGAUUCCGGCGCCCUUCCCCGAAUACGUCACAGACCUGUUCAUCUGCGUGAACUGCAGCGCCAAGCCUGUCGUCUACUUCCUGGUGGGGAGAGACGAGAAGCAGAGAUUCUGGGAGCCCCUCCGGGUGGUUUUCCAGAGAGCCCUCCGAGAUGGAGCAGAGCUCAAGGAGAGCGGGGACACCCCCAACACGGUCGCCAUGGAGAUGCAGCCCGCUGGACCCACCUCCUGA